UCGUUUGCUUUUGACUCCAUGUCAACACAUCGUUUCUUCAUCUAGAUUAUUCUGGAAUCCAUCCCAGGCCCCAGCCUCAACCCGGCUAAGCGUGCGCCCCUAUCGGCUAGAACCUCGGCCAACCCAGAAAAGUUUUUAGCUUCAACCCAAAGUCAUCUGUACAAUCUCUCUACAGUAAUUCCUUCAGCGAUCAAAUACAGAAAACAGAUCUCUCAUCUUCCUCUCCAAUCUUAGGCUCUCAACGUACACACAGGAACGAGAAGAAAAAAGAAAAUAAGACUUCGAUUGCUGCUUAGAUACCAUGGCAAAUCAAUACUCGAAUGAAGGUUCCAGUACAAGCAUUACAUCUGGAGAAGGUUCAGAUGCAACUCUAGAGCUCAAUAUCAAGACUCUAGAUUCACAGAUUUACAGUUUUCGGGUUGAUAAAAAUAUGCUAGUUUCAGCAUUCAAGGAGAAAAUAGCUAAUGCAAUUGGUGUUCCAGUUGGUCAACAGAGACUGAUUUUCAGAGGAAAGGUGUUGAAGGAUGAACAUCUCCUUUCUGAAUAUCAAGUGGAGAAUGGACAUACCUUGCACUUGGUUGCAAGACAACAAACACAGCCGCAACCUUCAGCUGAUACAAGCUCUAACACAAGUGCAAAUAAUGGUAGCCAAGGAAAUGAAGCUAGUGCUGGCACCCUCCCAAAUCGUGUUGGGCAAAUAUCACACAGUGUAGUUCUCGGGACCUUUAAUGUUGGGGAACAAGGUGAAGGCAUUGUGCCAGAUCUCAGUCGGGUCAUUGGUACAGUACUGAACUCUCUCGGCAUUGGCGGUCAGACUGCAACUAAUGGCAUUGGUGGCAUGCAGUCCUCUACUAUGCAAAAUAUUAGUGGGAGUCAGACUUCUCAAGUAAAUGAAAUGGCCAAUGUAUCAGGAAGCAGUGCUGGUGGUCAAAGUCAAGCAGGAAAUCAAACACAGUCUGUGCCUGGCCAAUCACCAUUUCAAGCACCACCGCAAGUCAUGCAAAUUCCUCUGACUGCAGCAGUACCUCUUCCAUCACUUCAUUCGCCAAUUCCGGAUUCGUUGAGUACACUUUCAGAGUUUAUGAGACGUAUGGAGCAGGCACUAGCACAAAAUGGGUAUCAGCCAAACACAUCUUCAGACGGCUCAGGUGAUGUCCCAAUGCUGGAAUUACCUUCUAAUGCCCGGGGCUUGCAAGCAUUGAGCAUUGUCCUGCGACAUGCAGAACGGCUUUUUGGUGGGCAUAUGAUCACUGCAUUAUCUCAUAUUGCAGGACGCUUGGAACAAGAGGGAGGUUCUAAUGAUCUUUCUGUCAGGGGCCAAAUUCUUUCAGAAUCAGUGCAAGUUGGCCUUGCAAUGCAGCAGUUAGGUGCUCUUCUUUUGGAGCUUGGUCGGACAAUCUUGACGAUGCGUAUGGGACAAUCUCCUGCAGAGUCUUCUGUAAAUCCUGGACCUGCAGUUUAUAUAUCUCCAUCAGGGGCUAAUCCUAUAAUGGUUCAGCCUUUUCCUCUACAAACCAAUUCCCUCUUUGGUGGUUCUGCUCUACAAUCAAAUCCAAUGGCUUUUGGUCCUGUUGGUACUAGUAGUGUUCCAAGGAACGUAAAUAUCCAUAUACAUGCUGGUACUUCACUGACUCCAGUUAUAUCAACCUUGGGUACCCAGGCAAGUAAUGGGGAGGGAAUGCAAGGUGAGCAAGGCAAUGGUACUGCUUCAGGCAGUUCAGGCACAGUGCGGAUGCUACCAGUGAGAAAUGUCAUUGCAGCAGCAGUGCCUUCACGUCCUACUAGUUUUACUGUUUCAAAUGCUGCACAACCUGGUAUCGGUGUUUCCGUUUCACAGCCUCUGUCUGACCCUACUCAAAUAUCCUCUGUGAUAGCAGAAUUCAAUUCACGACUAAGAAAUCUUGUCAGUGGCACACAGGGAGAAAACCAGCAUAUAUCAGCAGGUAAUGUUGCAAGCAAUGAGCAACCUAAUAGUGUUGUAGCUGAUGGGGCAGGCCAAUCUACUGUGACCUUACCUGCACAAAUGACAGAAGGCCAUGAUCAAAAGAAUGAUCAGAAUCAAGAUAAUCAAUUUCAAGCAAGUAAUGAUGAGGCUAAGGAGGAUCUUGUGGGCUUGAAAGACGUCCCAUCUUGUUCGUUGGGAUGUUCAAGUGGAGAAAGCUCCCUAAAGUCAGAAGAAAUUUCAGAAAAUGCUCCAAGUUCCAGUGAGAAGCAUGAUCUUAUAGAAGGUGCCCAAGCUGUUCCAAUUGGAUUGGGGAUGGGGAAUUUGGAACGCAAGAGACGAACCAGGCAACCAAAAUCAUCAAUCCAGACUGGUGAUAAUGGAGCAAGCAACACACCUGUCAGUCAGAGCCUAAAUGCUGGAACAAGUGGUCAACAGCUUUUACUAUCUCUUGCAUCUCGGAGCCCUGGUGCAAAUAGGGCGGGUGCAAAUGAGAUGCACUUUGGUCAAACACCUCCAUCUGUGGAUGGGAACCCAGAGAGCAGACCACCUCAGCAAAGUUCCAAUAGCCAGUUUGAUACUGCUAGUGUUAUGUCUCAGGUGAUAGAUAGCCCUUCCUUGAAUGGUUUGUUGACAGGUUUCUCAGAGCAAACUGGUGUUGGUUCUCCCAAUGUUUUGAGGAGUAUGUUGCAGCAACUCACUCAGAACCCCCAAAUAAUGAGUACUGUCAGCCAAAUUGCUCAGCAGGUUGAAAGCCAAGACCUUGGGGACAUGUUUUCGGGUGUAGGAGGUGGCCAAGGCAGUGGCCUUGAUCUUUCAAGGAUGGUGCAACAGAUGAUGCCAGUUGUUUCCCAGGUUCUCGGCCGUGGCUCAGCUGCUCAGCCAUUUUCUUCUGUUGAACCUGAACCCCAGCGGCAUCACAGUGAAAGGAGAGAGAUUGGAAAUGAAAAGUCUAAUGAUCAAAAUGUUCAGAUUGAUCUCCAGGAAGUGGCUCAGAGAAUAGAACACUUUAAUGCACCUGGAGAUAUUUUCCAUGCUGUCGCUGAAAAUGCUGUGAGGUUUAAUGGCAAUGAAAGCAGAUCCCAGGAUAUUGUGCGUGAGUUAAGCAACAAUGAAGAUAUAGUUAAUGAUUACAUGGAGAUGCUACAACACGAUAUACGGCAAUGGCUUCAGAGUGACCCUGGGCAAGAUAAUUGAGCGGUAGAUGGUUUUUGAUAAGUUGAAGUGUUAAUUGAUGGGAAUGGAAUGCCAGAAACUAUUUCUUCUUUCAGGGUCCCAAGUUGGUUUGAUUUUGUACGAUUCUUGUACAAAUAGGAAUGGAGCUCUGUUUCUCCAUGUUGUACUCGAUUGCUGAUAUGCCCUUUGGGUUCAUUGUGUAUUAAUUAGUGUUUGUGCUAUAAACCAUGAAUACAUACUAUACAGCAUUUGAGUUUCGCUUUUGAAGCGGUUUAGACAAAUGUACCUUUUGCCCAAGUGGUUUAUUCUGGCCGCAUUUAUUCAUAUUCGAUACUUCGAACUAUAAAA